AUGCAAAGUGUCAGCGAUGGGAGGAUCCAUUUGUAUAAACCAGGCACUUUGGAGAGAAAUGAAGACAGAAAUUCAAUUGUACUGCAAGCUUUGGAGACUGGGGAUGGAGAAUUGCUAGAUUGGUGCAUUGAAAAUAUGCAGGCGCCGCUAGAUGUGCCUGAUAGCUUGAUAGCUCAUUUGAUUUAUUUUUUGGCUGGAAGAUUUUGGGUGCACUCAGACCCAAAAGCUUUAGGAUGGAUAAGAAGCACAAUUGUGAAUAAUAAAGAAAAAAUCAAAGGAAACCAAGAAAUAAGGCUGGUGCUAGAUGAAGUCAAUGGGAAAUUAAAAGCAAAAGCUGCAGGAAUAGAAGAGGUUGGAAAGCUGAAAAAUAAGCUCGACAGAAUUUUUACACAAAAUAAGGCUGCUCAAGAUUUUGCUAUUAUUGAACAGCCACAAAUAAUAAUCAAUGAAGAAAACGAUAUGGAUGUGGAAGAUUAG